UAACGGUUCGUCCCUCCGUACAGUUCCAAGUACAGACCUGUCCGAGAUCCAGGCGGCACAAAAAUGAGGCUGUCCGGCGGGGUUCUAUACCUGUUCCUGGCGCUAACUGUGGUCAGUGCCGCGCCGAUCCACCCCGUAGGGAGACGGUCUGUGCUCGUUGGUUUCAAGCUCGUGGACGCUAUCACAUGGAAUCCACGCGCGGAAAACAAUCCGGACAAACUCUUCGCCUUGAUUAACGGUGACCUAUCAGGUGGGACAGUUCUUCGUCCUGACGUCAUCGUAAGCGGAAAUGACGACACCGCAGACGUCACCUCUCCAGGUCCCGGUGAUGCUGACCCUGGCGGAGCAUCUACCAACUCCGCGACCUUGUCAUGAAGCAACUCAAGUAGGACUCGGGCAAGGUCAUCGGGCCAGACGACUAAGGAUCUUAUAGGGGUGUGUUAUGUUUGAAAACGUAUUUCUCUUCUUUUCUGACGACAUAGGUCGGUUAGCAAGUUUAAAAUUAUUAGGCUAAAGUCACAAUGGCUGAAUUAGUUGUAGGGUCUUUCUUUAAAUCAGGUGUGGACUUUUGGGUCUACAUUUGAUCUUUUACCACUUUGUAGCUUUAUAGGAAUGUACAACAGUUCGCUUAAACAUUCCAGUAAAAUUGACCUUAUGCAAACAGUCGGCAAUAACAGCAAAGUCAGCCUAUUAAUAGCCCUUUUGUACGAACGAACGCCAAACGCAUUGGUCAGUUUUAUAAGGUAAUGUAGCAUUCAUGCAUAUCUGUAAUACCAACUUUACACUGUUGUAUUUAGAACAGUUCGGGAUGUGCUACAGAAUAGUCCAUAUCCUCACAUAGAACCCUUUAAGCCGAUACUGUCCAUCAACCAAGUGCAAACUGUAAGCCGGUAAUCAUCGUAGCUUCGGUUAGGAGCGCCUCCUUGCGGAUCAUUUUAGCAAUGGCAGCUAUAUUGUGUGUUUAGUGAAUCAUGACUCGGUGUCUCUUCUCUGUUCUGUUGAGGAUUUUGGCUUCACGUGUAUGGUUGAGAGAGGUGUAUACAAUAAAGAAAUAGUAAAGAGUAA